AUGGGUAGUAGCAAACCGGUCCGCUCCUUCGUAGUAGUCUGUAGUAAGCGUGAUCUGCGUUGCCAACACAACGGCUGUAUAUUCCCUACAGGAAGGGAACUUUCCCUACCCUGCCUCCCGCCAAAAGGUUCCCUCCAGGAGUUGUUGACUCUUGAGAAGAAGAGUCUUCGGCAAAAUGGACAGUCGAGUCCAUUAGGAGACAGAGUGGACGUGGUUUUGGACUUGGUCUUUUUCUAUCCCAUAAGCGGCACGAGGCUAUCUGCCCCUGGGUCACGACCGGAGAGAGUACGUCGCAGGAGCAGAGCUAGCCCGGCUGGAAGAGUUCAUUUCUGCCUGGAAUGGAUUUAUUCCUGGAUCGACACCUCUUUUGGAUAUGAGAUAUUGUACGAUUCCAGGUUGUCUGAAAAUACAGAAACGCUGGACACCUUACGCAUUUCAGCCGUUGGGCAUCUACUAGUCAUACACAUAGCUAUUCCUACAGAAUUUAUGGAAUAUUAUUAUUACAAUAUUACUUCGAAACGAAAGGCGAUCUCGGAACUUGUGAUUACUCUUGGUACAUUCUGGGAUGAUGACAAUUUCAUGGACAUUAGAGGUGAGGACGUCACGCCACGGUCUGCUGCUCUUCCCAGGCCAUUGUCUGCGCUCUCUAAUUAUGAGAACCUGAGGAUAGACUCAUCGCGGGAUCUCCUCCACGCUGAAGAGGAGGGGUCACUGGAAGAAGUUGGAACAGGAGGAGUCAGAGGUAAGUUUAAUAAAGAGUGA